AUGCCCCGGGCGCCGCUACCCGAAGCUGCUCCGGGCACACGCGCGGCCACCCAGCCCGCGGGACCCCCCUGGGCGCCCCGGUGCGACAGCGGGACACGGCGGAGGGGCCCGAGCCGCGGAGGGGCCCGCGGGCGGCGGCGGGGCCGGUACCUCGCUGAGCGCGAAGAGCCCGUAGGCCGCCAGCCAGACGGCGGAGGUGGCGGCGCUGAGCGAGCGCAGCUGCAGGCGGGGGCCGCGCACCGCCAGCUCCCGGCACGACGCGCUGUGCUGGCGGCGCCGCAGCGCGAUCGGCACGCCGGAGGCCGAGCGGAAGCGCCGCUCCUCCGCCAUGCCGGGCAGGCGGGGCCCGGCCCGCCCGGCCUCCCGCGGGAGGAGCCCGAGCCGAGCGGGGCUCUGCGCGCCGUGCCGCGCCGUGCCGCGCCGUGCCGCGCCCGCCCUGGCCGCAGGGCGAUGCUGCCGCUGGGUCGUCUCGCUUGGUUGCACCACGCCGGGCGUCUUUCCUUAAUCCCGAUGACAUCAGCAGUUCCUGCGGGGCUGCAAAGGAGCCUUAAGGGACAUGAAAAAGCAAGGGGCAUCAGUGAAUCACCACCAAGGUCUUUGCUUUGCCUGGAGGAGUGGUUGGUGGCUGCCAUCCAUGGGAAGUCUUGUGCAGUAUGUCCAGGAUCUCACUGUGACACAAGAGACCAGGUGGAGAGAUGGGCUGGAGCUCUGAAGGGAAAGGUGAGCUUGGCUGGAGGGGAAAAUCGUAACAGCAGACAAGGAACUGCAGAAAUGGAGAAGAAAAUACUGAAGAUCAGAAGAGGGUGAAAGAAGUUAAUCGAU